AAAACCACUUUGAUGUGAAACCUAUAAAAACUGUGUAUUUCCGAAGAUUCGUCCUAUUUGGCAGUUGCUGCCUCAUCCACUGCUUCUGAUACUUAAGAAAUCUCUCUUCUCCCAAACUACCUAUCGCCAUGGCUUACCGAUUUCCAGCCCUCACCCCAGAACAGAAGAAGGAGCUCUCAGAAAUUGCCCAGCGCAUCGUUGCCAAUGGGAAGGGGAUCCUGGCUGCAGAUGAGUCUGUAGGCACCAUGGGAAACCGCCUGCAGAGGAUCAAGGUGGAGAACACGGAGGAGAACCGCAGGCAGUUCCGAGAAAUGCUCUUCACUUCAGACAACUCCAUGAACCAGAGCAUCGGGGGUGUGAUCCUUUUCCAUGAGACCCUCUACCAGAAGGACGGCCAGGGAAAGCUGUUCAGGAACAUCCUCAAGGAAAAGGGGAUCGUGGUGGGAAUCAAGUUAGAUCAAGGAGCUGCUCCCCUUGCAGGAACAAACAAAGAAACUACCAUUCAAGGGCUUGAUGGGCUUUCUGAGCGCUGUGCUCAGUAUAAAAAAGAUGGCGCUGACUUUGGGAAGUGGCGUGCCGUGCUGAGGAUUGCAGACCAGUGCCCAUCCAGUCUUGCCAUCCAGGAAAAUGCCAACGCCCUGGCCCGCUACGCCAGCAUCUGUCAGCAGAAUGGACUGGUACCCAUUGUGGAACCAGAGGUAAUUCCUGAUGGGGAUCAUGACUUGGAACACUGCCAGUAUGUAACUGAGAAGGUCCUUGCUACUGUCUACAAGGCCCUGAAUGACCAUCAUGUUUUCCUGGAGGGCACCCUGCUGAAGCCCAACAUGGUGACCGCUGGCCAUGCCUGCACCAAGAAGUAUACUCCAGAGCAAGUGGCAAUGGCCACGGUCACAGCUCUCCACCGUACUGUUCCUGCAGCUGUUCCUGGCAUCUGCUUUUUGUCUGGUGGCAUGAGUGAAGAGGAUGCUACCCUCAACCUCAAUGCUAUCAACCUUUGCCCUCUGCCAAGACCCUGGAAACUAAGUUUCUCUUAUGGACGGGCCCUGCAGGCCAGUGCGCUGGCUGCCUGGGGUGGCAAGGCUGCAAACAAGAAGGCAACACAGGACGCUUUUAUGAAGCGGGCCCUGGCUAACAGCCAGGCAGCCAAAGGACAAUACAUUCACUCAGCCUCUUCUGGUUCUGCCUCCACCCAGUCACUCUUCCAGGCCUCCUAUACCUACUAGAACCCAAGGAUGACCAGCCUGGCUCCAGCUCUUCUAGGUGCCUAAUAGGAGGGCUAAAAGGGAACAACCUUUUGACUGACCCUGAGAAUCAGACAAAAUUAUAUACAUAAUUUUGUAUAUAGAUAAAGUAGUAUAUAUAACUACUGGAAAUACAAUGUUAAAUUCUUAGAUACAAGGGAAAAAAUCUGUUAUUGAAACAACAGUCUGAAUAUCAAGGAUCUGAUGAAAUUCCACACAAUGAUUUCCUUGCAACACUUCCAGCUCCCCAUGCCUCAGGGUAUCCACAGAAAAUAAUAGACUUUAUAACAAAAUUGUCUCUCCACCAAAGUAUAACCACUGAAUGAAACACCUUGGAAGCUGAGUGCAGAGAAGUGCAUCUUCACCAUAAACCAGUUUAGCAGCAGUAGGUUAAGAGAGAGGCAACUGGCAUCAAAAAAGAAAUAAAAGAUUCUAAGACCCUUUGGUUGGUAUUGGGUGGUACUUUUAUGCUUU